UGAGAGUAACAAACGUCCGGCUUCUAACCUGUAGCUAAAAUCAGUUUUAUAUUAAAAAUAAACAUUAAAACUGAACUUUCUGGUAAAAAGUAAAUAAACUGAAAUAUUUGCGCCCCACCAGGUUCAGUGCGCAUUUAGCGCGCGCGCUCUGAGCUCUCCGUGUGUAAGGUGAGACGCUGAGCAGGUGUGUGUUGGGGCAGGUGACCGGAAGGAGGUGGCGAUGGAGAGAGCUGUACAGCGGGAGAACGCAGAGCCAGCGCGCGAGGAGAGAACCUGACGGUCAUGAACGGCAAGCAGCAGCACUUCCCCGUGCACGCGCCGGUGCACGAGCCCAAGUACUCCGGCGUGCACGCGAGCUCGGAGGCCAUGAGGCGCGUGUGUCCGCAGCUGCAGACCAACAUAUUCGGCGCAUUUGAUGAGAGCCUGCUGGCGCGCGCAGAAGCUCUGGCGGCCGCCGAUCUCGCCAAGCCGCACGCGACAUCAUACCACGCCAUGAACGGCGGCGUGUGCGCCACGUCCUCUUCCUCUUCGUCCAUCUCUUCUACUUCCUCCCAUCAUCAUCAUCAUCAUCACCACCAUCAUCAUAACCACCUGAGCCAGACGCUGGAGGGCGAGCUCCUCGAGCACUUGUCCUCCGCGCUCGCUGUGGGCGGCUUGGCACCGGAUCCGGCGGCUUUGGCCGCGCAGGCGCACCAGCAUCACCUCCCGGCCGUUGCGUGCCACCUGCACCAGGCAGCAGGCCACGCGGGUCUCCCGCACGCGCACUCUCACCCUCAGCUUCCCCUGCUUCCUGGCGGUGACGGAGACUCGGACCCGCGCGAGCUCGAGGCGUUCGCAGAGCGCUUCAAACAGCGGCGCAUCAAACUCGGCGUGACGCAGGCAGACGUGGGCUCCGCGCUCGCCAACCUCAAAAUCCCGGGAGUGGGCUCUCUCAGCCAGAGCACGAUCUGCCGGUUCGAGUCUCUCACACUCUCACACAACAACAUGAUCGCGCUGCGGCCGGUGCUACAGGCGUGGCUGGACGAGGCCGAGGCGGCGCACCGCGACACGAGCGCGCGCACAGACCUGCUGCUGAACGGUAACGGAGAGCGCAAGCGAAAGCGCACAUCCAUCGCUGCGCCGGAGAAGCGCUCACUCGAGGCCUAUUUCGCCAUCCAGCCCCGGCCUUCUUCAGAGAAAAUCGCUGCCAUCGCAGAGAAACUGGACCUGAAGAAGAACGUGGUCCGAGUUUGGUUCUGUAACCAGAGACAGAAACAGAAGCGGAUGAAAUACUCCGCGGCGCACUGACCGAGCGGCUCUUAUUCACAGGAACUGCUCAACACUUUAACGCACGUGACAGGGAUCUACAAGUUCUUCUGAUCAGGAACUAGAGCACUGGAAGAGUUCUUUUCAUUUUCUUCUCUAAAUGUAUUUUGCACAAUAAUGUCACAGGACACUUCCUGCAGCUCCGCAUUUCACUUCUGUGGCUCUUAAAACAACAGGAUGCCAGUUUUAUUGCGCUUUUCAUUUUAGAGAAGCUUCCAAGGAGAAAGUAGCUUUAACACUUAUUUCAGUAUUAUCGCACAUUAUGUCCUGAAGUGUGUGUAAUUAUUUCCUGUUAAUGCACCUGAACAUGAGCCGAUGGUGAAACGCCAGAAACUUUCUUAUAAUUAAAUGUCGGUUAGAACUCGGCAGGUAUCUGAUGGACGUCACUUCCUUCCACACUGAACAGAUUCUGAAAUAAAUUCUGCAAAUCUGCGCGACAGAAAAACAGAAAUAAAGCUGCUACUGAAUUGUUUUGUUGUGAUCGUAGCCACCUUCACUGACUCGGAGAAAUGUCCUGAGAUUUCACUUGAAA